AUGGUGCUUUACAGUGAUCGCCAACUGUGUUUCUAUCAAAUACGUCGGUGGCAAUUAGAAUCUGUACACAGAGUUGCAAGAAGAAAUACUGGACAACAACAACGAUACGAUGAUUUGAUGGCUGAAAGAAUUGCAAAGCAUAGCAAAGCAGUAGUGCUAACAAUAUGUUUAGCUGCAGUUGUUACCAUUGCACUGAUUACAGGCGCUGUUGCUACUGGUGCUGUCAUACGGUGUUCUUUAUGUUACGAUCAAUUUAUUCCUGAAAAUGCCAUACUGUAG